GUUAAUGGUGAUGCCGUACACAUGCGAAGUGUUUGAUGUGAUGUAUUGAAUCACUUUUGAUGUGUCGAUAACAACCGUGACUGACCAGCAAAGUGGUCAUCAACUAUAUAUAUAUAUAUAUACAAGUGAAUCGUACAAUCCGUGCUUAACGUGAGCACUUAACGUAAGUAUUACACGAUCCGCGAAGAUUUGAGAGGAGGACACACUCUAAACUGUGCGUGUAGACUGUGUGUGACAAGAUGUCCAAGCCGGAUGAGAACGCGGAUACCGGUGAUACCGGGGAUAACUCGAAUGGGUCCUCGGCAGAAACCACAUCAUCCAGGGGCGGCGAUUUUGAAACGAAGCUCGAGACAGAUCGUAGCAAGCGAUUCGAUUACUUGCUAAAACAGACUGAGAUUUUCUCACACUUUAUGACGAACAAUCAGAAGGAUAAAGCUGGUAGCCCUUUGAAAGUUAAAGCUGGUAGGCCCAGAAAACAGCCGGAGAUUCCUAAAUCAGACUCCGGCGAUCAUAGACAUCGUAAAACCGAACAAGAGGAGGACGAAGAGUUGCUGGCAGAGAGUAAUGCUAGUGUGGCGCCUACUACGCGCUUCGAAUCAUCCCCUCAUUACAUAAAAUCCGGUGAGUUGCGUGACUAUCAGAUACGCGGCUUAAAUUGGAUGAUAUCGCUUUAUGAGCACGGUAUAAAUGGUAUUUUGGCUGACGAGAUGGGUCUUGGUAAGACACUACAGACUAUCUCCCUGCUGGGAUACAUGAAGCACUUUCGUAAUAUCCCUGGACCUCACAUUGUUAUUGUACCGAAAUCAACGUUGGCCAAUUGGAUGAACGAGUUUAAGAAGUGGUGUCCUACACUCAGAGCUGUUUGCCUAAUUGGAGAUGCAGAGACUAGGAAUACUUUUAUAAGAGACGUGAUGAUGCCUGGAGAAUGGGACGUGUGUGUGACAUCUUAUGAGAUGGUCAUUAAGGAGAAAUCUGUAUUCAAAAAGUUCAAUUGGCGCUACAUGGUGAUAGAUGAGGCUCACAGGAUAAAAAAUGAGAAGUCUAAAUUAUCAGAGAUCCUCAGAGAAUUUAAGACCACCAAUCGACUUCUUUUGACAGGCACACCACUUCAAAAUAAUCUCCACGAGCUGUGGUCUCUGUUGAAUUUCCUUCUACCAGAUGUAUUCAAUAGUUCUGAUGACUUUGACUCAUGGUUUAAUACAAAUAGCUUUUUAGGUGAUAAUUCUUUAGUCGAGAGGUUACAUGCAGUUCUGAGACCAUUCCUUCUGAGAAGAUUGAAGUCCGAGGUAGAAAAGGGACUUAAGCCUAAGAAAGAGAUUAAGGUAUACAUCGGCUUGAGUAAAAUGCAAAGAGAAUGGUAUACCAAAGUAUUGAUGAAGGACAUAGAUAUAGUAAACGGUGCAGGAAAAAUAGAGAAGAUGAGACUGCAAAACAUUCUGAUGCAGUUACGGAAGUGCUGCAAUCAUCCAUACUUAUUUGAUGGUGCAGAACCUGGACCGCCAUACACUACUGACGAGCAUCUCGUCUACAACUGUGGUAAAAUGGUGAUACUCGAUAAAUUAUUGCCAAAAUUGCAACAGCAAGAAUCUCGAGUUUUGAUUUUCAGUCAGAUGACAAGAAUGUUGGAUAUUCUAGAAGACUAUUGCCAUUGGAGGUGUUUCCAAUACUGUCGACUUGAUGGCAACACGGCUCAUGAAGAUCGACAGCGGCAGAUAAACGAGUAUAACGCGCCUGGUAGCGAAAAGUUUAUUUUCAUGCUGUCAACUCGUGCUGGUGGAUUGGGUAUUAACUUGGCUACCGCCGACGUGGUCAUCAUUUACGAUUCUGAUUGGAAUCCACAGAUGGACUUGCAGGCGAUGGAUCGUGCACAUCGUAUAGGUCAACAGAAGCAAGUUCGAGUUUUUAGGUUUAUCACGGAGAACACGGUGGAGGAGAAGAUCGUCGAGCGGGCCGAAGUGAAGUUGCGCUUGGAUAAGCUCGUUAUACAGCAGGGACGAUUAGUCGAUGCCAAACAAACGGCAUUGAACAAGGAUGAGAUGUUAAAUAUGAUCAGACACGGUGCUAACGAGGUAUUUGCGUCCAAGGAUAGCGCCAUUACCGACGAGGAUAUUGAUACGAUAUUACAGAAAGGCGAGGCGAAAACGGAGGAGAUGAAACAGAAACUCGAGAGCCUCGGAGAGUCUUCGUUACGCAAUUUUACCGUCGAUGCACCGACAGACUCUGUAUAUCAAUUUGAGGGUGAAGAUUAUCGUGAAAAACAGAAGAUCCUUGGAAUAGGCAACUGGAUUGAGCCGCCCAAACGCGAACGUAAAGCCAAUUAUGCCGUCGACGCUUAUUUCAGAGAAGCGUUGCGAGUGUCGGAGCCGAAGGCGCCGAAAGCACCAAGACCGCCGAAACAACCGAUAGUGCAGGAUUUUCAAUUCUUCCCGCCACGACUUUUCGAACUAUUGGAUCAAGAGAUUUAUUAUUUCAGACAAACAGUCGGCUACAAGGUUCCGAAGAAUCCUGAACUUGGAUCGGACGCCGCCCGAAUUCAGAAGGAGGAACAGCGCAAAAUUGACGAUGCUCAGCCGCUCACCGACGAAGAAAUUACCGAGAAGGAGAAGUUACUGCUUCAGGGCUUCACCAACUGGACCAAGCGGGACUUUAAUCAGUUUAUCAAGGCGAAUGAAAAGUAUGGUCGCGAUGAUAUUGAGAAUAUUGCGAAGGAGGUUGAAGGAAAAACACCGGAGGAAGUUAUGGAAUAUUCGGCCGUUUUCUGGGAACGUUGUCACGAACUGCAGGAUAUAGAUCGCGUGAUGGCGCAGAUCGAGCGCGGUGAGGCCAAGAUACAGAGACGAGCUGGCAUCAAGAAAGCACUGGACGCGAAAAUGGCUAGAUAUCGCGCGCCUUUUCACCAGCUCAGGAUAGCCUAUGGCACGAACAAGGGCAAAAAUUAUACCGAGGAGGAGGAUCGAUUUCUCGUUUGCAUGCUACACAAACUCGGAUUCGAUAAGGAGAAUGUGUACGAGGAACUUCGUGCCACGGUAAGAUCUGCCCCGCAGUUCCGCUUUGACUGGUUUGUCAAAUCGCGUACCGCUUUGGAGUUGCAGCGUCGCUGCAAUACUCUGAUAACCUUGAUAGAACGUGAGAAUCAGGAACUCGAGGAACGCGAGAGGCAGGAAAGGAGGAAGAAGGGCAGCAAUAUAGGAACGAAACCAACAUCGAAGCGAAAGGAGAAUCUGCCGGCGCCCCAAGACAAGCCUAGGAAAAAGAAGAAAUAAACGACUGAGUAUAUAUGCGGCGAGCCUCACUCUGGACUCUUUAGAACACUUAUCACGAUUUUUGUGCGUUAAAUAUGACUGAAAUACGGACCACGGGUAUUCACACAAGGCGCUUUUUUCUAUAUUUAAAAAUUACAUCAAUUUUUUUAUUCAUUUUCACUACAGACAUACUCCAUGUGUGACUCCAGACUUACUAUUUUAUAUUCCAUUGUAAACGAAAUGUAUUCUUAGGUAACGACUGCCAAGUUCAUCAGGCCUCAUCAAAUUGUAGCGAUACAAACUACUUUUUAUCAUUUUAUCAAUAAUUGAUCUCUGAAAAUCGUGUUACAAAACUAAAUAAAUUUUGUCGAUGC